UACUCUUUCUGGUGCUCGACCCAGCAACCCCCCAGACGCAAUUCAGAGAGACUGGGGAGAGAGAACACGCCCAAAGCUCCCAGCCACACACACACAAAAGGAUGAAAUUCCUUCUGGACUGCCUCCUGCUUCUGCUCUUACUGAUCGUCUUCUCCUUGGAGUCUUUCGUGAAGCUCUUUAUUCCUAAGAAGAGAAAAUCAGUUACGGGCGAAAUCGUCCUGAUCACAGGAUCCGGGCACGGAAUUGGGAGACUGACUGCCUAUGAAUUUGCCAAACGUAAAAGCAAACUGGUUCUCUGGGAUAUCAAUAAGCAUGGAAUUGAGGAAACAGCUGCUGAAUGCAGGCGACUGGGGGCCAAGGUCCACACCUUUGUGGUGGACUGCAGCAACCGAGAAGACAUCUACAGCUCCGCAAAGAAGGUGAAAGCUGAAGUAGGCGAUGUUAGUAUUCUAGUCAAUAAUGCUGGUGUCGUCUACACAUCGGAUUUGUUUGCUACACAAGACCCUCAGAUUGAAAAGACUUUUGAAGUGAAUGUACUCGCACAUUUCUGGACGACAAAGGCGUUUCUUCCAGCGAUGAUGAAGAAUAAUCAUGGCCAUAUUGUCACCGUGGCUUCAGCAGCUGGGCAUACUGUGGUACCCUUCUUACUUGCUUACUGCUCCAGCAAGUUUGCUGCUGUUGGAUUCCACAGAGCUCUGACAGAUGAACUGGCUGCCUUGGAAAGAACUGGAGUCAAAACAACAUGUCUCUGUCCUAAUUUUAUCAACACUGGUUUCAUCAAAAAUCCAAGAACCAGUUUGGGACCCACGCUGGAACCCGAGCAAGUGGUAGACAGGCUGAUGAAAGGGAUCCUGACUGAGCAGAAGAUGAUUUUUAUUCCAUCUUCUAUAGCUUUUUUAACAGUAUUGGAAAGGAUCCUUCCUGAGCGCUUCCUGGCAGUUUUAAAACGAAAAAUCAACGUUAGGUUUGAUGCUGUUAUUGGGUAUAAAAUGAAAAACCAGUAAGGGUCCAGUCUGAAAAUGGAUUUACCAGGUUGAAGUUGAUUUCAUUUCAUGUUAAUCAGAAUUCUGGUGUUUGAACUUGUUUUUCCUGCUUAUCCUUUUUCUACAAUAUCUCGUGGAGGGGUUCUGGCAGUCCUCCCUCACUACUACAUUUUCUUUAGCUAAAAGCUGAUUAUGUCUAAUGUGAGAAGCCCCUUUGGGGUCGACUUUAAGGAAAAUGAGGGGAAAGAACAAAGACAAUUUUAUAAGAUAAUUUCCAAGAUUCUGUGGCUUAUCUGAAGGUUUUGCCAAAUGUGUACUAUACAUGUUUAUUUAAGGUGUAUUUUUAUUUUCAAUUGCACUUACAUUUUAUGUGAUUCAUGUUUCCUUUUCUAUUUUGCAUAAAAUCAGAAACUUUAAGCUUUUUAAAUAGGAUGAGGGACUGUAUCCAGGGGCAUUGUACAGUGAAUUUCAUGAACUCUUGAACAUUUCAUGCCACACGCUGCCCCUCUAGUUCUUAAGAGAUACCUCACAUCGCGAUGCCAAACAUUUCAGCACAAGGAAACCAGAAAGAGACAUGUGUUCAAGUAUAAAAGCAUCAUUGGGAUUUUUAAGGCAGAGCAUUGGGAGAAUGUACCUAUAAAUAGCAAUAAUAAUAAAUGGAUCAAACCUAAA